AAAGUAGUACGCAUGCUUUCGUCACAUGGUGAAAUACGGAAAUUUCAUACACCAUCGAAAUGUAAACUUUUUCCCCACAAAAUUGACCGAAAACUACAUUGAGACUUCACAUCGUCAUCCAGAAGAUUGCGUUUGUUUGUACUUGGCACGUUUUGGCAUCAUUUAUUGGUCGAGUUUUCAGUAUUUUUUGGUCUUGACCCCUCACUCUGAAGUGGCGCGACCACACGAGGGAACGCAUAUCGAGCCGGUAAAAAAUUCCGCCACAUCGUCAGAGGUUUCCAUUCGAAGAAAACAGGCUUUUUCUAGAGUCAGGAGACGCAUCCUCCGCCCUGGUAGACGGGUUGGAGGGUCCCGGCAACCAUGUCUUCAAACGACGAGACCGCAGCAGACCGGAAUGUGGAGAUUUGGAAGAUCAAAAAAUUGAUCAAGAGUUUGCAGGCGGCUCGUGGAAAUGGCACCAGCAUGAUCUCCCUCAUCAUCCCACCCAAGGACCAGAUCUCCAGAGUGGCCAAGAUGUUGGCCGAUGAGUUUGGCACCGCCUCCAACAUCAAGAGCAGAGUCAACAGACUCUCGGUGCUGUCUGCAAUCACGUCCGUGCAGCAGCGUCUCAAGCUGUACUCCAAGGUGCCACCCAACGGCCUGGUCAUCUACUGCGGCACCAUCGUCACUGACGACGGCAAGGAGAAGAAGGUCAACAUCGACUUUGAGCCCUUCCGGCCCAUCAACACGUCGCUCUACCUCUGCGACAACAAAUUCCACACGGAGGCCCUAACAGCGCUCCUGGCGGACGACAACAAGUUUGGCUUCAUCGUGAUGGACGGCAACGGUGCCCUCUUUGGCACGCUGUCGGGAAACACGCGGGAGGUGUUGCACAAGUUUUCCGUUGACUUGCCAAAGAAACACGGCCGUGGUGGUCAGUCGGCGCUGCGUUUUGCCCGUCUGCGUAUGGAGAAGAGACACAACUACGUCCGCAAGGUGGCCGAGGUGGCAGUGACGCUGUACAUCACCAACGACAAGCCCAACAUUGCGGGGCUGAUCCUGGCCGGCUCUGCCGACUUCAAGACGGAGCUCAGCCAGUCGGACAUGUUUGAUCCUAGGCUGCAGACCAAAGUACUGAAGCUUGUAGAUGUCUCCUAUGGAGGCGAGAACGGCUUCAACCAGGCCAUCGAGCUCUCUACCGAGGUGUUGGGGAAUGUCAAGUUUAUCCAGGAGAAGAAGCUCAUCGGGAAAUACUUUGACGAAAUAUCACAGGACACGGGGAAGUACUGCUUUGGGGUGACAGACACGCUGAAGGCCCUGGAGAUGGGAUCGGUGGAGAUCCUGAUCGUCUGGGAGAACCUGGACAUCCAGCGCUUCCUACUCAAGAACCACUCGGCAGACGAGGAGAAGGUUCUCCAUUUGACACAAGAGCAGGAGCGAGACAAGACAUACUUCAUGGACAAAGACACCGGCGUGGAGCUUGAGUUGGUCGAGUCCCAACCCUUACUAGAGUGGCUUGCAAACAACUACAAGACAUUCGGAUCCACGCUCGAAAUCAUCACCGACCGAUCGCAGGAGGGCUCGCAGUUCUGUAAGGGCUUUGGCGGCAUCGGCGGCAUCCUCCGCUACCGAGUGGACUUCCAAGAGAUGGAGCCCGACCUGGACGACUUCAACGAUUUUGACGACUAUUAAAAAUAAAACGAAAAAAGUAAUUGAUCCAAUCAUGGUCAGAUUUGGUGGCCGGAUCGUAAGAUGUUGGGUUUAUGCUGGGACAUUAGAUGUGACGUUAUUUGUAAAUCUGCACCGAAGCAUCAUGUGGAUAUGAACGGAUUUUCCUAGGUUAGUUGACAGGUCUGCGGUGGCUAUAAAUUAUGUUUUGUGGUUUUGCCAGAAUGGAAUGUUUGGUUUCAAUCGACGGCCGAUGCUGGGAGCAAGAAAAAAACAAGAACAACCCUUGACAAUUCUUCAGUGGCACUAUGAUUUCCCCCAUGCAGGUAGCACUGGGAUCUUCAGUAUUCUUGUUAGAAAUUUUUUUUUAUUUUUCGCUGACAGGCAGGUCAUUUUUUUAAAUAUAAUUUUUGAAUUUGAAACUGCUACAAUCUCUUAUGUCAGUGCGGAGGUACAGAGGCUAAACUAAACACCAAAAACUACAGGAACUAAACACCGAAAACCGACCCCAAAAUCUUCAGUCCUUGAAACAAAAUCGAUGUUUUCCAGUGAGGGAACAUCUCCUGCACCUGGGGGAAAAAAAAAAAAGAACUGAAAGGUCGUGUGUAAUCCCACCUGUCUUCUGGCCUUGCCCUCCCCUUCCAAGACAAUCCAUAGAGCAACGAGCGCAGAUUAACGUUUGCCCUGUUCAACGAUGUUUGGAUAACUUGUACAGAGUUUGUGUGGUGCACUUCCUCCCUCUUCUACCUCAAAUCUGACACAAACAGUUUCAUAAUCCUUGGAUGUCACCAUUUUCACAUCCUCAGUUUUGAAUGACGUGGAAGUCAAGUUCAUGGAGGUGAACGUCAUUCACCCGGAAUCAUUAAUCAGUAGAGCUUGUCGGUGUGCUUUUAGAACAUGCUGCUGUUUUUAGACCUGGUUAGAAUCCCCGGCGACCAUGUGUAAACGGACAAAUUGAUUUUAUCAGAACCGUUGUUCUAAGAGGCCAUUUGCCUGCUGCUCCAGGCGCUGGCUGUUUGCCGUUGGUCAGAACAGCUAUUUUUUGGAGACGUCCCAGAGAGGACGCUUGAAUAGAAACAGUAAACAUAAAGGGUUCUUAUCAUGCAACUUGCCCCAAAAAAUGAAGAAGAUUAAUUGUUUUUUUUUUAUUUAUUUGCAAUGAAAGACUGGUACUGGGUUGCAGCAACAAAGGCUCGAGAUCUGAUGUCGUCAAUCGUAGGGGAAAAAACCCCAGAGGGCCGUGUCGUGUGUCAGACUGUUGGAUUUUGUACAUGAUGAGAUGUAUUGUUAUUUUUACUACCGCGUGGUGCGUGUUUGAUGGCCGCCCCUCAGAGAGUUCUCGGAUGUCACGUGUACCGCGCCUGUAAGGAGAUGUCACUCUGUACAUAUACAAUUCCUGUGUUGUACAGUACGUAAAUUUUGAACUAUUGUCUUGAGGGGGAAAAAAAAACAGAGGGCAGAUUUGCUCCAUUAGCGGCAUUUAAAAUUCCUUGGAAUUUUUGCUUUAUUAGAAGAACCGGCAGAGAGAAAAACAACCUUCGCCUCCUUGUGUGGGAGAAAUUGGAAGAAAAGGGACUUGUUUUUAUAUAUGCAAUAUUUUUAAAAGUCGGAUAUGUGCAUGGACCUAUUCGAGAAAUUAAGUGUAAUUGGGUUUUCUUAGUAUUGGCUCUAAGACCCUAUGUGUUUUCCCUCUUGUAUUGAUCACACUAUGGUUUUCUUGUUAUAAAAAAGAAGAAAAGAAAUGGAUUCGGUGACGGCUUUUAUGUGGUCUGUAAACAAGACCUCAUCUGUCACUCCAGUAUCCCCAACGGGUUCAUGAGAAUAAGUUUGCGAGGUAGGUUGUCAGCUGGCUUGGAUUUGAUUUGUUCAAAUUCCCGUAUGUGAAGUUCCUUUUUGUUUUAAUCUCCGUUGAAGGUGCAAAUGUUUAUUUUGAAUCUUUUUCUUUGCAUGCACGCUCUCCUUUUUUUCACAUUGUGGAAAUGAAAGAACGACUGACUCCCCUUUACCACUUUGUUUCCCGAAUCGGCCACAAUCCAACACAAGCCAGUUGCGCUGUCUUCAAAAAUUUGGGGGAAACCAGCAAGGACCUGUGGUACAGUGCAAUCCUGCAUCCGUCAAAGUACCGCCCACUGUUGACUAAAUUUUGCAUUAAGAUGGUAAAUCAAGUUUUUCCAUUGCAGGUGCAAACAAAGGAUUAAAUGGUAUGUGGCAUGUUCUAAUCAAAGAGAUUAAGCCGAGUGGAAUGGAAUGAUUCUUUGAACAUGGAAGGAUUCUUUCCAUUUCAUGAGUGUUAAGCAUGCAUUAUUUGUUCCUGAUUAUUUGUGAACAAAUCCUUGCGUAAAGUCACCUUUUUUUUUUACUUCUUCAGUCCAGCAUGAAUUUCCACAUGAAGCUGUUAGGCAUAUCAAAAGUACAUGUAGUCAGUGCUUCAACAAACGGUCUUGUGUGUCUUGAAGUUGCUCUAAUUGUUUCAAAGUAUUUUUUCGUUGUGUAAAGAAGACGGACAUGAGGGAACAGGUUUUUUUUUUUAUCAGAACGUUGACCAUGCCUGCUGGACACACUUAACACAAUGUUCUUACGGUUGCCGUUUGAUAGAAUAUUAAUUGACAGGGAUUUAUUCAGCUGUUGCAUACAAUUUGGUAUCAAAAGAGAUGUACAUUGACCUGUCAGAUUUACCCUUGGACGGGUAAUCUAGUAAGCACUGUGUUGAGUGCUUUUUCAAUCCGUGGGGGGGGGGGAUUCAGUAGUUUGCUCAGGUUGGACUCGAACCCAUGACCUGCUUACCUUUUAACCAGUUGUUGGAUUGAGUUGAUUCGGGCUAGUUGGGGUUAAUUAAAAAUGAUAACAGGAGUGUAUUUAUUUGGAAUAACAUUCAAGCUCUAAGUUAAUCUUUUUUCUUCUUAACAGGUAUUGACAUGUGUACGAGUGUAUGUAAAAGCAACUUUGCUCUGGUCUCUAUGAUAAAAAUUAAGAUUAGGUUCUCCUGAAUCUUAUUUACAAAUAGAUGACGUGUAUUAAUAAAAUAGAUCAUGACUUUUAAAAAAGGA